AUGGCGGACCUGGCGUUGAGCACCGUGCACGCGCUGCUGGGCGUCAUCCGCAAGGAGGCGGAGCUCCUGGGCGGCGUCCGCGGCGACGUGCAGUUCAUCAGGGACGAGAUGGAGAGCAUCAACGGCCUCCUCCGCCACCUCGCCGGCACCAAGGAGCGUGCCAGCGACCACCAGGUCCGAGCCUGGAUCAAGCAGGUCAUGGAGCUUGCCUACGACUCCAACAACUGCGUCGAGAGGUACGCGCGGACGCGCUCCGGCCGCCGCCGCCGCAGGGGAUUCCUCGGCAGCCUCCGCCGCGCCGCCCGCCUGCCGUGGGCGAUGUGGGUUCGCCGCCGUGUCGCCACCCGGAUCCGGCAGCUCAAGGUCCGUGCGCGCGAGGUCGGCGAGCGGCAGCAGCGGUACGGCGUCGCCGUCCCGGCCAAGAAGGACGGCGCAGCAGCAGCAGAGGACGACGGUGACAACAAGCGGCCGCUGGAGUACUCGAGCAUGCCCCGCAAGGUGGCCGGAGGCGGCGAUGCUUCCCGGCGACGAGCCGCGGCGAUCGUCUCCGAGUGCGGGACCGAUCACAUGCUGAAGGAGUGCACCGACGAGCUGAUCAACUGGGUCGACAUGGGAGUGGCACCGGACGGCCGCUCCGGCGUGGAGCUGAAGCGGCCGAAGCUCAGCGUCGCGGUCAUCGUCGCGCCUGACGCGGCGGACGGAGCAAUUGUCGUGGACAAGGUGUACAGGCAUUACAAGCCGAUGCUGCAGCCACCUUCCUCCGGCUCCGGCACGCCGGUGACGGCGGCGGCGACGUCGCCGUUCAAGUGCAGGCUCAGCGUCACCCUCCGGCGGCCGACGAAUCUGAUGGAGGUUCUGAUGGACAUGCUCCGGCAGCUCCAAUCCGAAGGCUGCGUCGAGUCCAUGGGCGAUGACGUGCAAACAUGGGAUCUAGACACGCUCAAGGAGAAGAUCAAGAAUUCACUGAGGGGGAAAAGGUUGCUGCUCUUCCUCACCAAUGCGGACUACCUCGACAUAUGGUUCCCGAUCGAAGAGGUGCUCGCCUCCACUGACUGCGACCAUGGAAGCGCCGUGGUGUUGUCCUCCAAGGACAGGGAGGUGGCCAACAAAUUGAUGCCCCCUCUGAUGAACACUAGUACCAUCUCUGACAACAUGAACAACGGAAGUGCGAGCGCGGCAGCGGCGGCGGCGGUGGAGGUGGAGGUGGAGGAGGACAAAGAUUUGGAAAGCAACAAUUCCAAGUCCAAGUCCAAGUCGAAGCUCCCUCUGAUGAAAACUGUGUCCUACUCCCAUGUCGAUUUCCACUACAAGAAAGCUAACCAACUGAUGCUGCAGCUAACUAGCAGCUACAACACCAGCGAUGCCGUGAAACAAGUACUCACCAGGUGCGACACGGAUGACUUCUGCGCCAAGGUCUUCCUCCAUGCCCUGCACAACAACCCAAACCGGACGGCGGAUGAGCUCAAGAUCUUGACGGAAAACCUCGCACCGGACCGAUGCUCCAACGACCCCUUGGAGAAAAGGGUCCGGUUGGCUGCCUUCUGCUACUAUGGCCUGCCUGACCGCUAUAAGAAUUGCUUGUGGUACGCGGCUGCCUUCAUUCGAGGGAGCUACGACAUACGUAGGGCAAGCUUGACAAGGCGAUGGAUCGCCGAGGGCUUGAUCAUCAGAUCAGGCCAGCCGACCGAGCAAGAGGAGGCUGAGCGCUGUGUCGACACUCUCCUAUCUCUGAAUCUCCUCAUCCCUAAGGAGCGUGAGCGCGGCGUAAUUGAAGGCAAGGUCAAGACCUGCUCCGUCAACACUCCGGUCAUCGACAUAGUCAAUGGGAGCCGAAGCAUCAGCGCAAGCACCGUCGACGACUUCCUGGAUACUAACCAGCUACCGCUUGACCUAGAUCUCCACUUCUCUAUCCGCAAUGGGAUCAGGAUCCGUCAGCUAGACGCCAUGGAUGGCUCCACUAUGGAGCCACGGCCGCCCGCACCCAAAAAGCAACUAGAGAGCGUUAUGGAGUUUCUACGGAAGCUGCCAUCCUCGUCAAGGCUGCGCCUCCUUCGAGUCUUGGAUCUCGAGGGUUGUGGUGUCAUCAUCACCAACCGCCACCUCAACAACAUCUGUCAGAUCCGCAAGCUCAAGUACCUUAGCCUGCGUGGUACCAAUAUUGUAUGGCUUCCAAAGAAGCUCCACCAGCUAGAGCUGCUUGAGACUCUCGACAUCCGACAGACCAGGGUAUGCGUGUUCGAGUCGACGCUGCCAAAGAGCCUGAAGCAUCUCCUCGCCGGCCGCGUGGACUGCCUCGGUGAUGAUGCCGUCACGGUCAAGUCGAAGGAAUCAUUCUCCACAGUGCGUAUGCCUAGCGGCAUCCCUGCCGGUGACAUGAGCAAGCUAGAGAUACUAUCCCAUGUUUGGGUCUCUGACAGCGCCAAGGAGCUAGACAACCUUGGCGAGAAGCUAAAGCAGCUAAGAAAGCUAGGCGUAGUAUUGUGUGGCGGCAGCAAAGCCAACUUGAAGGAUCUCUUCGCUCAGAUCAACAAGCUGCACACAACACUCCGAUCACUGUCCAUCCGAAUGAAGCCGGUCAGCAGUUGGGGCUCCACGGAGGCAGUCCUAAUGACACCUCCAUUGCUGCUCGAGAGCUUGCGCAUCUGUGGCGUCAGAGACUGGCUGCCCCGCCGGAUGAAAGAGCUCAACAACCUCUCCAAGCUAACCCUCCGAGACACUCUCCUAAACGAGGACAACCUCGCUGUCCUCGGUGCGCUCAAGGGCCUGCGUUGUCUCAGGCUCCGCUACCACUCCUUCGACUCUGGCGGUCUCACCUUCAGUAGUGACACCUUCCCCAACCUCGUAGGUUUGGUCAUCGAGGACGACAUGCUAGUGACCAUCACCUUUGCUCCUGGAACAGCACCCAAACUUGCCAAGAUCAUCUGGUCAUUCCAACGGAUGGAGUCCCUAACAGGAAUUAAGAACCUUCAGAGCUUGAGACGCAUCGAGCUCAACCUGCUGGCAGGAAAUGGUGCCACGGAUGAUUAUCCUCAGUUGAAGCAAGAGAUCAAGGAGCAUCCCGGUAAGCCUGUACUUGUUUGCCAACUCAUUGAUCCAAAGAAAGGGGGUCAAGUAGCUAAUCGUGCCAUUGGUGUUGCUACUACCUAG